AUGAGUGCAACUGUUGCGUGCCAGAACUCAAACUGUCCAAAUGGAAACCCACCAUCGCGGAUGGAAUGUCCAACAUGCAAUAAGCUUGGUAUCAGAGGUUCGUUCUUCUGCGAACAAGAGUGCUUCAAGGCGAAUUGGAAAUCACACAAGUUCAUCCAUGAUCUUGCACGUGCACCUCCCACUGCUGACGCCCCUGCAAAAGAUGGGACUUAUAACCCUUAUUUUAAUUACGAUUAUACUGGAUCAAUGAGACCGGUAUACCCACUUUCGCCAAUGCGUACGGUACCUGAUCACAUACCCAGGCCUGACUAUGCUGAAGAUGGAGUGCCCAAAUCAGAAAUUAAACAGAGAGGUCAACCGCCACGGAUUUUGUCCAUUGAGGAACAAGAUAAAUUACGAACCGUAUGUCGGCUUACACGAGAAGUUCUUGACAUUGCUGCUUCUCACGUACAUCCUGGUGUCACUACUGAUGCCAUUGAUGCUAUCGUCCACGAAGCAAUCAUAGCAAGAAACGCAUAUCCUUCCCCCCUCAACUAUCGAAAUUUCCCAAAAUCUGUGUGCACGUCGGUGAACGAGGUCGUCUGUCAUGGUAUUCCUGACCAACGAAAAUUGAAGGAGGGCGAUAUAAUCAAUAUCGACGUGACUCUUUAUUAUGACGGUUUUCAUGGGGACCUUAACGAAACUUACCCCGUUGGAAAGGUCGAUACUGAGUCCGCAAAGCUCAUCAAGGUCACCCGUGAAUGUCUUGAUGAAGCCAUAAAAAUCUGUAAACCGGGGGCAUUAUUCCGCGAUAUUGGUAAAAUCAUUGAACCUAUUGCAAGAGCGAAUGGAUGUUCCUCUGUACGGUCUUACACUGGUCACGGAAUCAAUGAUCUGUUUCACCCUGCUCCGGACAUACCGCAUUAUUCAAAGAAUAAGGCCGUGGGCACAAUGAGGACUGGUAUGGCAUUUACUAUCGAACCUAUGAUCAAUUUGGGUCCCAACUGGGACGUUGCUCACUGGAAUGACUCGUGGACAGCUACGACCAUUGAUGGUAAGAGAAGUGCGCAAUUUGAGGACACACUAUUGAUUACGGAAACGGGGGUGGAGGUACUGACCGCAAGGACUGUGAAAAGAGAUGAUCUAUAG